UGCCAUAAAAAAAAAAAAAAGACCCCGGGGAGAAACUGGGGGCGGGCCGGCCCCAAGAUUUCGCGGCCCCAAGAUAUCGCGGCCCCAAGAUGUCGCGGCCCUAUUCUUGCCUCCCGGCCCUGGCCCUGAGCAAGGCCGCCCAAAAACCAAACCCGCGCCGCGCCAGCUCCAUUCUUUAUAGCCCAGUCUGCUUCUGGAGCCCCUCUUCUACAGCCCACUUUCAGCCGCCGCCUCUUUCUCCAAGCCGCGGAUCCAAAAGCCGUCCAACCAAUCGGCCGCGUCCCAGACUACCUGCUUUUUGAAGCCGUCAUUCGAGUGCCCACAGCCUCUUUCGACCAGGCGCCUGUCGCAGUAGACCGUUUCUAUACACCUACAAUUUUCAAGCAGACACCCACCAUGACUGCCCCCAAAACCGCCGGCAGCGGCGCCCCCGACAGCGCCAGCGCCACAGGCGUGUUGCCGCUUGCCGAGCAGGUGAAAACUUUGCAAUUUGCCUGGUUUGCGGGCCAUGCCGUGACGGUGCUCAGCGGCGCGUUCUAUCUUUUGACGUACGUCCGCGUGUUGCCCGGCGCAUACAAGUUGUGGUACAAAGCGGCGUUUUUGGGCGCCGUCGAGAGCUUCGGCGUGUUGAUCUACCAGCUGGCGAAGAAGCUGGGCGUCCACCCGCGCCUGUUGCUCCGGGACGACAACGUCCACUACUUGUUUUUGGCGGCGGUGCUUUUUGUGCGCAGCCCCUAUGUGUUGUUGACGUUGUCCACGUUCUUGUUGUUCUCGACCUUCCACGUGUUGUCGUACGCGAGGUCCUUUUUGUUCCCGGCCUUCGACAUUUCCGACUCCCACCCCUUGAGCGUGCAGGUGGGCAGCUUUGUGUCGACCAACAACCACAGCUCCAUUGCUUUUGCCUCCUUGUUGGAGGUGUACACCGUGGGCUGGAUGCUUGUGCGCGUGCUAACGUUGAGGCCCAACUCGCUCUUGCCCCUCGCGGCCUAUGUGGUGUUCAUCAAGUUGAGAUUCGAGAAGUCUGCGUUCACGAGGAACGCGUUCAAGUCCGUGGAGGUGGGUGUGGAGGGCUGGGUCAACAAGUCCGGCGUGCCUGCAGCCAGAAGCGCAUGGGUCAGCGUGAAGGGCGCCUUCCACCAGGCCGGCGCGUUUCUGCUAGUCAACGACCACACGAAGGAGAAGUCCAUUUGAGGCUGGCGGAGCGGCCGCCGCACGGGCGCCGGUUUUCUUCUCUGCUUGGCUGUGUGCUGCAAGCGGUUUCCGGACCACGUGGCCGUAUGGAACUGUGGAGGCUCUAGAUGUUUUCUAUGCUUUUCAGCGCAGCCGUUCGGGGGAAUGCUUUGGGGUUUUUGAUGCUU